UUUCUUUCUUGAACUGCACGUUCAUAUUAGUCCCUGUGUAGAUUUAUUCAUCAGAAAGUUGAUCUACAGCUUGGCACAACUAUACGCAUUACUGUGGAAGUUAGCAGAGACAGCUCUUUUUUAACCCUUCCAAUUGCUUGUGUAUGUGCUGCCUUCGAAGGUGAAAACUUCAUCAUUAUUUCAGUCCAAUACAAACAACUAAACAAACACAAAUAACUUUUUGGUGUGCCUGCCAUAUGUGGACGUUUGAGGAUCUGCUUCAUAUCUCAGCAUUGAGAUAGGUAAAAAACAAACUCCUAACCCAAACAAAUAAUUUUCUUUGCUGCCCUCUUCUUUCUUCUUUCCUUCCACCUCAGUUUGUUCCUCUGGGCAAGGAAGGGGUGGAAUUCUGUUGACCAUAAUCUGUGAUUAUGUUCAAUUUCAAAGAGGUAAACUUUGAACCAAGUUAUUUCUACUUCCCUCCGAGUUUCCCACUUGUCAUGUGAAUGAAAGUAUAAUAUUUUAGUAUACUUUUUUCCCUUGCUAAGUGAACAGUUUACUUGACUUCCCUAGGAUGCUAGCAUGCAGUGACCUUGUGAAGUCCCUUCUUGUCUUAGUGGAAAUCCAUUACAGGUCUAACAACUUAAGUUGAUUUAGAUAGUUCUGCCAAUUUCAUUGUCAUUAGUGACACCAUCCUGACACCAGAUAAAUUGAAAUGUCCAUGUCCAUCUUUGUCUCUGGUGCAGAGUCUUGUGAUGUGGAGUCAGAACAGCUUUGCUAUGGUUGAGUAAUGGUAACUUGAGCUGCCUGAGGCUGGAGCUAAGGAAGCCUUUUCUCUGUCUGCUGAAGCUUUUCUGGGAGGCUUCAUGUUUCUGUCACUUUUUCCCAAUUUAACGUUAGGUUUAACUUUAUUCUUCUUAGCAGCUGCUAUUAUUAAAUGUUUGUAUUUUGGUAGCUUACAAAAUUCGUGAUCUGGGUUGGAACCUUGCAUGAGGCAGUUUCUGUGGAGCUUCAGACUCCCAGGAGAGGCUCAAAAAAUUGAUCGUAUGAUGGAAGCUUUUGCUUCACGCUACUGCCUUUGUAACCCAGGAGUCUUCCAGUCUACAGAUACAUGCUAUGUGCUUUCAUUUGCGAUCAUUAUGCUGAAUACCAGUCUGCACAACCACAAUGUAAGAGAUAAACCAACCGUAGAGAGGUUUAUUUCUAUGAAUCGUGGAAUUAAUGAAGGUGGAGACCUUCCAGAAGAAUUACUACGGAAUUUAUAUGAAAGUAUUAAGAAUGAGCCAUUUAAGAUCCCAGAGGAUGAUGGAAAUGAUCUAACGCAUACAUUUUUCAAUCCAGAUAGAGAAGGCUGGCUGCUGAAACUAGGGGGAAGAGUAAAAACGUGGAAACGGAGAUGGUUUAUUCUGACUGAUAAUUGCCUGUAUUACUUUGAAUACACAACAGACAAAGAACCAAGAGGAAUUAUUCCAUUAGAAAAUCUUAGCAUAAGAGAAGUUGAAGACCCUAGAAAACCAAACUGCUUUGAGCUCUACAACCCUAGUCAUAAAGGUCAGGUAAUUAAAGCGUGUAAAACUGAAGCUGAUGGUAGAGUGGUGGAAGGCAACCAUGUAGUGUACAGAAUAUCUGCUCCCACCCCAGAGGAAAAGGAAGAGUGGAUUAAAUCUAUCAAAGCAAGUAUUAGCAGGGAUCCCUUUUAUGAUAUGCUGGCAACAAGGAAACGAAGAAUUGCGAAUAAGAAAUAGAACAUGAUCAGCAGCUUUUAUACCUGCCUCAACCUAUAAAUGAGCAUGCAGUUGAAUGAUAAUGUAAAAAUUGGACAAACUAAAUGAAGACAAGAACUGUAAUUUUUUAUAUAUAUGUACACUUUAUUAUAACAUAAAAAACUUGGCAAGACCUUUCAGGGUAAACAGUUACUGGCAAAUGAUUUCAAGUAUGCUUUAAAUCUCAGAGGAUGAUUAUACUGGAACUUAAUUCAACCAAAAACAUGAAAGCUUUGUUUUUACUUAUAUUAGCUACAGCUCCAGUUUACUUGGGUUGGGAGGGAAAGAAUUUGAGCCUAAUAGUAAAAUGUCCUAUAGCUGUUAUUUGAGCAUGUGUCCCACAAAAGGAGGAGCGAUUGUAAGACUUCCAUCUCUCAUUAAAAUGCAGUACGGAAAGUGGA